UUUACAAUUUCCCUGUUGACAUUAGAACAGCUCACAUCACCAUCCCGCCGAUUUUUUUUGUUUUUGUUUGGAAAAUCUAGCUUUCGAUCAAUCAGUUUAACAUUCCCUGGCGUCGCGUUUCACACUAUUACGCCCGCCCGUCUUCAGUUUCUGCUUGGAUUUCCUUCUUUUGUGCCUUUUUAGCCGCCGAUGCUAAGGGGCGAGCUAAGAUCUCCAUAGGGAACAAUGACGGCGAUUUGCGUCGACAGCGGCGGAGGUCUGACGGCCAAAGGGCUCGACAUCAGCCUGGCCGCCUUGCAGAGGCACGAUCCUUACAUCAAAAAUAUCUUGGACGUAGCCAGCCAAGUGGCUCUGUACACUUACAACAACAGAGCCAAUGAGUGGGAAAAAACUGAAGUGGAGGGAACUCUGUUCAUCUAUACGAGGUUGGCCUCUCCCACACAUGGCUUCACUAUCAUGAACAGACUCAGCAUGGAGAACCUAACUGAGCCCAUCACCAAAGACUUGGACUUCCAACUCCAGGACCCAUUUCUGCUGUACCGCAAUGCACGCCUGGUCAUUCACGGCAUCUGGUUCUACGACAAGGCCGACUGCCAGCGCGUCGCCCAGAGGAUGAAAACUCUGACUCAGCUGGAACAAGCGGUGGGGCAGGGCGGCUGGCUGCCCUCGGGGGAAGGUGCAGGCGGCGAUCAGGGUGAAGGGCAGGUGGUAGAUAUCAUCCAGAUGCUCACUAAGGCUCAUAGCCAAUACGACAAGGAGAAAUCCACUUCAGAGCCGAAGGAAAUUGGUAGCAGCGGCGUCCUUUUCGGGAAGCCCAACCUCAUCAAACCCAUCCCAGUCAAGCCCACCACUGAACAUGACGCCAAAGAGUCCAAGCCACUCUCUUUGGCGAUGUUGUUCGGUUCUCCAAAUGAGCGGCCACCACAACUUGACUUCGCCCCUACCGCCCCCGUCACACGAAAAGUAACUCGCCUUCCAGUUGCGCGCACACUCACGUACGACACACCUGAAGCGACUUCAGGACACCUCCCUCAGCACUGCCCGGCAAUCCAGAAACUCAUGCAGGCUCAGAGAUGCGUCCCGGGGGAGGCUCUCCAGACGCUGUCAGAGUCGCCGGAGAAGCGACUGUGCGACAAUGGCGUCUUGCUGGACCAUCUUCACCUCUACCACCAUCAGAUCCACCAUCACCACCAAGUGGAUCCAAUCAAGAGGCUGUUCCAAAGCCAGCCUUGCUGUUCAGCGCAGUGUUCUCACCAGCAACCAGUUUUGAUCCACUCCAAGCAGCAGCUGGAUUCAGGUGACGCUUCCCAUGUCCCCGGUGCGCUUUCUCCGCACGAGCUGGUCCACAAGCUGCAGCUGGUCCAACAGGAGCAGAACCAGGCCUCGAUGGUACCGCCACGCCUCAGCCCUGCCCUGGCCCCCCGCUUCCAGGGGCCGGCGAGCCUGAACGCGGCGAGUCCGAAAGUGACUCUGCAGUUUCAGGAAUCUUCCCCGCAGACGAUCCCCGCCCCCGUGUCCCCGAUAAUGCUGCUCUCCCCGAGCGUCUUCUCUCAGGUGAAAUCGGACGUCGCCAAGCCCGACUCCCAGUCCGCUUAUUCGCCUCAGAAGGACAGCAAAGUUCUGACCAGAAGCCAAUUCCAGGCAGCCUUGCUGCACCUGAUCCAGACAGACAACUCCUUCCUGGACACCAUCUAUGAGACCUAUGUGGGGCAAUUUUGCUAACCAGCACCAGAGCGAGGACCCUUCUGGAAAAAGCCGUUAUGAUGAAUUUGAACAAUGAUGCAACAUUUGCAACAAGGCAUUUACAUAGGACAUGACAAGUGUGGAAUAAAGUUCACUCUCAAUGAAGGAAAGAAACUUCGAGUUGAUGUAGCAUUUCAUUUUUGGGACUGAAAAAUUCUACACUUUGGCACAAAAGGUAGCCGAAAAAUGUUCUAUUAUUUUGAUAUUUACUUGGUUGCAUUUAAGUAAGGUGUCAUUUAGUUAUUUUUCAUAUUACUUGACGAAGCUGUAUCUUGCUUGCAGAGAGCCGUGUUGUUUUUUUUGCCCCUGAAAUUUACAAAGAAUUACAUUGAAAUUCUUCCAUCAUAUGAAUAAAACAUAGUUGUGAAAAUUCCACUUCACAGAAAUAAGCAAUAAUUGUCAUCUUUACAUUGUCAGCAUUGAAUGAAAUCUUUUGUCAUAUUUUUAUACUUCCAACCAACCAGCAUGCAAGGUUAGACAACCCCAUCAGCUUUCCAAGUUGAAUGUUUUGCAAUAGAAAUAUCUUAACAUGGUUGAAGAUGUUUUUACACGCAGUUUGUCAGGGAUGUUUGGUUGUAAUUGAGCUAUAUUGAAAAAUUUUCUAUUAAAUGUUCCGAAAAAUGCACAUUGUGAGUGUUGUCAAUAUUUUUUAUGGGAAUUCUCCAUCAUGCGGUUUCAUUGGAGGCUGUUACAACGCACAUGUGAGUUUCAUUAGUUUCUGCAAUGUCGAUGACAAAUAUAAAUUUUAAGAAAACUUAAUUCAUAGCACCAAUCCUAAAUAAUUCUCCAUGAACCACACAAAUGGCGUAAAGUACUCACCCUCAUUGAGUCCUCCUUUGCAAUGUCACCAGUGAAAAGUGCACUUACUUUCUCCACUUGUUGUAUUUUUAAAUUAUUUUCCCUUUCAUCUGUUGGGUAUAUUUGCUUUUUAAAGAAUGGAAGAAAGAACAAACAAAAUAAUACUUUUUCAAGUUAAAUGGCUGAUCAGUUUGACAGACUGAGCAGCUCACUAGUGAUAAUCCAUGAGAAUUGGAAACAGGAGGUGAACUUCCUGCUGUCAUGUGGCAUUCAAAGACUGCAGGAAAUCGUAAUGCUUUUCAAAUGUUGGCUUUAUAUUUAAAGCAAAAUAAUACAAGUCAUA